UCAAAAUGAUGGUCAAUGUUUUCAAGAUUCACCAAAUUGUCCAAAACGAUCUACCUGUGUUUGUCGUUCAUGUUAUUAUGGAGAUCGAUGUCAAUUUAGUACAAGUGAAUUUGGUUUAUCACUUGAUGCUAUUUUAGCUUAUCAUAUUAUUCCUAAUGUUAAUAUAAUUCAUCAAACAUUCAUUGUUAAAUUAAGUUUAUCAAUAACAAUUUUAUUUAUAUUUAUAGGAGUUAUCAAUGAUAUUCUUUCAUUUAUAACAUUUAAAAAUAAAAAGGUACGUGAAAUGAGUUGUGGAAUUUAUUUAUUUGGUUCUUCAAUAACAACAUUAUUAACAAUGAUUUUAUUCGGAUUAAAAUAUUUUAUUUAUCUUUCAUCACAAAUGUCUAUUUUAUCGAAUCAAUCAUUUUUCAAAAUUCAAUGUCAUUCGCUAGAUUUUCUUCUUCAAAUUUGUCUUAAUAUGAAUCAAUGGUUCAAUGCAUGUGUAGCAUUGGAAAGAGCAAUAACAGUGAUUCAAGGUAUUCAAUUUAAUAAAAAGAAAAAUAAAAAAUUAGCGAAAAAAAUGUUAAUUAUUCUAUUCUUUUUUAUUAUUUUAACAUCAAUUCAUGAUCCAAUUUAUCGACGUUUAUUUGAAGAAGAAGAAAAUGAUAAUGAUGAGAUGAAAAGGAUCUGGUGUAUUGUAACUUAUCCUUCAAAUUUACAAAUUUAUAAUCGAAUUCUUAAUACAUUUCAUUUCUUUGUUCCAUUUUUAAUUAAUUUUAUUUCAUCAAUUAUUUUAAUAACAAAAACAUCUGAUCAACAAUCUCAUCUUCAUCAAAAUCGAUCUUAUCAAGAUAUGUUAUGGGAGAAAAUUCGAGAACAUUAA